GUAAAGCUGGCCUUCAAAGAGAAAUUCGGUCUGAGAUUGUAUUUGUACAAUGUAUAUUUAAUUGUUAACGUGAUUUUAGAAGUUCAUAUUAACGCGGGCAGAACUAAGCCAUGGAUGUCUUCCAAAUAACCCUGUAUGUGACUCUAGACCAAGAAGCAGCAAUCAAGGAAUUGUUUAAAUAUUGAGGAUGGAGUUUUUCCAAAUGUCUAGAUCCCAAAAUUGAGGUUGCUGUGAAGGUGGAAUUAGCUGCGGAUGAGAGAGAAUAUGACAAUGUAAAGACAGAAAAUUACCUGGAAAAAGAUUCUAGUUUCAUAAUAAGUGACACAAAUGCUGUUGAUAAGGAAAUUGAGCAGAUGAACAAAUUGGCAUUUCGUCAGAAAACUGUACCGCAUGAUACUCAACCCUGUGUUUCAGAAGACACUAUAAAAGACAUUGAGGAAGAUGAAGAAAGCAAUCCAUCUUAUGAAGAAAGGAUAAAGAAAAAAGAUGUAAAUUGUAUUGGAAUAGGUGAAGACAUAGACCACAAUACAGAAUAUGACAGUGAUUCUACCAUCUCGUUUAAUAGUGAUGAUUCUUCAGGAUUUAGUUCUAUCCUUGCACAACAGAAUAUCAACCAACAGGAAACUGAUGAACACACCUCUUCAUCUGCAAGUAAUGACAAGCCGAAGAAAAGGAAAUCACUAAAAUCCAACCAGUCUGCAGAAAGCAAAGAAAGUAAAAUUGGUGAUUAUCAAUGUUCAGAAUGUAAUAAAAAGUACACAAUCCUAAAAAGGUUUCAAGCCCAUAAAUGUGUGUGGAGAUGUGAAAUCUGUCAGAAAGGGUUCAAAAUGAAGUGCUAUUAUAUGAUGCAUCGUAAACGCCAUGAUAAAGAAAAGGACCACAAAUGCAAUGUUUGUGAAAAGUCAUAUUUUGAGAAGAGCGAUUUGAUUGAUCAUAUGCGAAAACAUGAGGGGAAAAAGGAAUACAUCUGUGAUUUCUGUGGUAAAGAAUAUUCCCAGAGGAAACUUUUGUAUGUGCAUCGGUAUUAUAAGCAUGUUAACCCGCGAGCAGAAGGAGAAUUUAAGUGUGAUCAUCCUCAAUGUGGUAAAAGUUUUAAAUUUCUUCAUCAUCUCCAAGGUCAUAAAUCAGCUUUUCAUAGAAAAAAGACAUUCUUAUGUGUUCAGUGUGGAAAAGCUUUUAAAAACAGACAAAAGCUACAGGUUCAUUCAUUUGCUCAUACAGAUCAAAAACCUUUCGAUUGUUUGCAUGAAGGCUGUGGUAAAUCCUUUAAAAGUGAAAGAGCUUUGAAGAACCAUUCAAAACGACAUAACAGCGAAGAACGUAAACAUGUUUGUGAUAAAUGUGGCAAAGCUUUCUUUGAUAGGAGAGCGCUUGAGUACCACACCAGAACGCAUACGGGUGAAAAGCCUUGUGUUUGUACAAUCUGCGACUAUAGGUGCACUCACCCACCAAAUUUAAAAAAGCAUAUGAAAAUUCAUGAAAAAAGCAAUUGAGGACUAUAAGGACUAGACAGGACUUAUUCCAUUCUUAAAAAUAUGGUGUAUUUUCAUAUUUUGAGGAACCUAAUUACCAGCCAGAUAUGGGUUACUUGCAUGCUUUUAAAAUUGUGUUUGAAUCUGCUUUAUUUAUCUUUAAUAAUACAUACAUGUAUGUAUUGUACUUUCUAAAAUUAUUUUGCUUCAUGUAGUUGUUACAAAUAUUAUACAUAUAUGUUUAUUAUGAUGCAAUAUAAA